UAACACCAUUCAAAAGUAGUGUGAUAACAUAUCGAAACACAUUAUAACGAUUUCUUAGGAUCGGUGAAUUGUUUUAUCUUGCACGUUCUGAUAACCACAUUGAAAGGUAUUGCAGCAGUAUCUAGCUUAUUGGCGAGCCAUCAUCAUCGAUGCCUAAUCAGUUUGCCUUUUGAAGUUGUUGAGUGCAGUUCCACAUUAAAUAUGCCAAAGACACAGGAAACGAAAUUUGUCAAUUCGCUGUUUUUAACCAAUCUAAUUCAGUCACAGUAUGCAGAAACUGAGGUUAAAAUUAAAACCUACGACGUGGAACCAGCUACAGCAGAAAUCAAUGACCCGUUUGCCCGAUCCUCGAUGAAUAGGAUUCUUGUUAAGUAUGUCUCUAAAGAGAAUUCAAUGGGAAACCUUAUAUCUUUUGUGUCCAAAAUCAAACCGACAGAAGGAAAACUUGCUGAGGAAUUCAAGAAAAGUGACAUAUUUGAUAAGGAAAUAUUCAUAUACAGAACUGUAUUACCGAAGUUAGGGACCAUUAUUUCAAAUCUUGGAGGCACAAUUGAACUGGCACCUCAGCUGAUCUAUUGGUCGGAUGUGUCAUCCAACUUGUUGGUUCUGGAAGAUUUAACUGUGCGCGGGUAUAGUGUCGAGAACCAACAGCUGGGACUGAACAUGGAGCAAAGUAAAAUGGCUAUCGAAAAACUAGCAUUCUUUCAUGCUGCUAGUGCAAUAUUAAUAACUGAGAAUCCCAAUGAGCUGGCCAAAUAUGUCAAGGGUACAUUUCAUACCGAUCACAAGGAGAAGUUAAAAUAUUUUACAAGUGCUCUAACAGUUAUUGGUGAAAGUGCUGCAGAGCUGGGAAUAAACUCCAACGUGGCAAAUAAGCUGAAGGCACUGCCCCAAAAGGCGUUGCAAAAAGCAAUUGACGCUUACGGUAGCGACUUCCAAGGAUUAAAAGUACUCAAUCAUGGAGACUUAUGGACCAACAACAUAAUGUUCAAAUACAAUCAAACUGAAUUGGUUGAUGCUGUUUUUGUCGAUUUUCAGAACUGCGUCGUUGGAUCUCCAAUUAUUGAUCUAGUUUAUUUUCUGACAUCCUCGCCGUCUUAUGAUGUACUGGAGAAAUCGAAGGAUGAGCUAGUUUAUAUAUAUCACGAAACGCUUUCAUUACUUCUGCAGCGUUUGAAUUACAAGAAAACUAUUCCAUCCUUAAUCGACCUACAGGUGGAGUUGCUCAAACAUGGUGCUCUGGAAGUAAUUUUAUCACUAACAACAGCUCCAUUUUUGCGUACCAAAAAUGCACAGAAUACUCCUGCUAUGCAGCCAACACUUUACAAUGAUGGGCAAUGUGUUGACCUGAAGCCUGUGCUUAAAGCACAUGCCAGUCAUCUCAACCAUCAAUUGAAGGAUUACGAGCUGCGUGGUUUACUAGAUUGGGGUGCAGUGGAGAGCAAGAUUAAAGGAUUGAUGGGUCGUUUCCAGCACUAAAUCAUAAUAAUUCAAUAUCACAGAUUAUCUACUCUAUCGACCAACGAACAAACUCAAAACUCUAAUUUUCGCAUUAGCUAUGUUGAAACAGACAUUAGCAGAGUUCUGAGGAAGCAAUGCAGAAUCUAUUGUACUUUUUACGUUUGGUCGAUUAGGAGUUGAUGUGUUCGAAAAAGGUUUCACAUCAAAGAAAAGGCCAAACUAUCUGGUAGUUCUAAAUUUUGUCUAAAGUCUUGCGUCCUUUUCAAUUAGCUAAUGUUCGAACCAUCCAUGUGUACGUAAUUAUAUAAUGAAAUUGUUUGUGCUCUAGAUUGUGUAGUAAAUAAAUAAUGCAUUGGUUAUGAAAUUA